CCCAUAUCAAGUCAGCAGGUUAGGUUACAUAAGGAGCGGAAGAGAUGGAUGGCUUUCGCUGGUCCCGCUAUCGCGGCUGGUCAACAAGGAUACGAAAAUACGAAAUACAGCUUCUUGCUCCUCUCGGGCCCAGAGGAAACUAAAUUAUGGCGCGCAAAGGCUCGGAAAAGCGAAGAACUGGGUGUGUCACCUGCAAAAAACGACGGAUAAAGUGCGACGAGGCCCUUCCUACGUGUUCCCGCUGUCGAUACAGCGGAAGGAAUUGCGCCUACGCCGAGCCGCCGGUCGGCUGCUUCUCGUGGCAUCACCUCCUGCACUCAUCCACGGCGUCCAUCCCGCCUCCUCCGUCCCGCCGCCUGCCCGAUUCGGCGAUCAGGGGGCUGGACUAUUUCCGCUGCGAGGUGGCCCCGAAGCUCGGCGGCGAGCUCGACGGUGCCUUUUGGACCAGCGUGGUGCUGCGGCUCGCGACCACGGAGGACGCGGUGCUGCAUGGCGUGUUGGCCAUCAGUCUGCUGCACGAGGACUUUGAGCCGGGCUGGGAGAGGCGAGGGGCCGACGGCGACGAGGGGGCGGCGCUGGUGCACUACAACCGCGCGUUGCGGAUGGUCGCCUCGCGGGAGCUGGGAACGGGCGUGGUCCUGGUCAUGUCCAUCUUGUUCACCUGCGUCGAGUUUCUCAGGGGCAACCAAGCAGCCGCCGUCACCCACUGCCGUCACGGGACUCUGGUCUCGCGCCUACCGGGCUGUCGGAACGACGACGUCAUGACCGUGCUCCGGCAGCUGAGUCCAGUUCCGUACUUCUUCUCCAGCGGUGGCGAUUUCCCCGUCCUUGAGAUGGUGGAUCGGGAGGGACGUUUUGGCACGGUAUCGCAGGCUUCGGAGGCAAUGGACGAGCUGAUGGCUGAGGCAAUCAGGCUGGUGCGAUCCCUCGACGGCUAUCGUCUGGGUGUCGAGGAUGCCGCCGCUAUGCCUGCCGGUGCUCAGGACACGCAGCUGGCCAUGGUGAGGAAACUGGCGUCGUGGAAGACUGCCUUUGAGGAACUGGCAAACAGAGUCGACGUCACUAGGUCCACCCACGCGCUGCUGCUCAUGAGGUUCCGGGUGUGCUGGAUCUGGUCGUGCAUAGCGCUGCGUAGGGACGAGACGGCGAGCGACCUGUUCCAAGCCGACUUUGCACACAUAGUCGAGCUUGCCGGCAGCGUGGCACCCGGCGAGGGGCCGGAGGCUGGCACAAACUUUUUGUUCGGUAUGGGCAUGUCGCCCCUGCUGCAUUUUGUCGUCAUCAAGUGCCGACACCUCCCAACGAGGCUCGAGGCGCUGGAGAUGCUCCGGAAGAUGGGCAGGAGGAGAGAAUCGCUGUGGGAUGCAGCGACCAUGUACAGGAUCGGAGAGGUCCUCAUCAAGAGGGAGCAUGGAUUCCCGGUGGUGCCGGGGAUGAAGCUGGGCGCAUGGGAGCUACCGGCGGACGACAAGAGAGUAAGAGACUCGUACAUGGAGGACGAGGUCUUUGUGGAGCGGGACCACAUGGGCAAGGAGGUGCUCCGUCGGCGGAUAUAUCUUUUUGUUCGUCAAGGCAAGGCCAUUGUUCGAGAGGCUGACUGGAUUUCCCAGGGUGAUUUGAUUUGAUAUGAUUUGACCCAAAGUCAGCCUGGUAAUCUCCUCGUAAAACGGGUGCCAUCCAUGGAUGUUCAUGUGUGAACCGAGUGGGUCCUAUGCGAUAACCCCUGGUCAGGACUGUCUUGACUUGGCAUCGAGGAUGACACGAAGCGGGGCGAGUGCGAGAUUUGGUUAUGGAGGCUUAUAAGCUUGCUUUUGCGGAAAAUGAUACAGGUACACAGAAUGUAUAUAACCAAGUCCGCGACCGCCACAGGCUCUCUGAUUGUUUUCCGAAUGACAUCGCUCCUUUGUUAUUCCCCAAGCCCUUCACUUGGCCAUUUUCUUCAG